AUGGAGGAAGUAGCGCGAAAGCUUUUGGAAGAAGGAAUAAUUAAGAAAGUAGUUAGCCCUGGCAAAGGAGAUCUGCCCGAGUUUCCAAAUGGUACCAAGGUAGUUUUUCACUACCGCACCAGUCUGUGUGAUGGCACGCUGCUGGAUGACUCCCGGACCAUGGGGGUACGCAGUAAGCCCAUGGAACUUAUUCUGGGCAAAAAGUUCAAGCUGGCAGUGUGGGAGAGACUUGUCGUCACUAUGAGGCCUGGAGAGAUAGCUGAUUUUACCUGUGACACAAAGCACACAAGUCUUUACCCAUUGGUGGCUCAAUCCCUCCGCAACAUCAGUGUUGGUAAAGAUCCGCUAGAAGGACAAAGGCACUGCUGUGGUAUUGCACAGAUUCACUCUCACCACUCACUGGGCCACAAAGACCUGGACCAUCUUCAAGCGAACCCACAGCCUCUGCUAUUUUCAUUAGAACUUCUGGAGGUGCUGCCUCCAGGUAGCUUCCAGCUUGAUGUGUGGGCAAUGUCAGAUGAGGAGAAGUUGAGCUUUGUGCCUCAAAUCCAUGAGCAGGGAAAUCAACUGUUCAAAGAGGGGAAAACAGCCGAGGCAUCAGAAAAGUAUUACAAUGGCAUAGCCUGUCUGAAAAACCUACAAAUGAAGGAGCAACCAGGAGAUGGAGCCUGGGUUAAAUUGGAUUUGAUGAUCACUCCUCUGCUGUUGAAUUACUGUCAGUGCAAGUUGCAGCUGGGACAGUACUAUGAAGUCAUCGAACACUGCUCAUCCUUGCUCUUCAAAUAUGAAGAUAACGUCAAGGCCUUCUACAAGCGAGGAAAGGCUCAUGCUGCUGUAUGGAAUGAGCUGGAAGCUCGUGCAGACUUUGCUAAAGUUGUGCAGUUGGACCCCUCGUUGGGACCAUGUGUGGCAAAGGAGUUGCGUGCAAUGGAGGAACGGAUCCGAACGAAGGAGAAGGAAGAGAAGGGCAGAUAUAAAGGCCUAUUCAGUUCCACCACAGCGCCUGCUACUGCCACCACAGGAUAA